AUGACUUUUCUUCACGCACCUAUUGCCAUCACUGGCAUUGGAUGCCGUCUUCCUGGCAACAUCUCAAGCCCCUCAGAACUGUGGCAGUUUUUGGCCGACGGACAUUCGGCACAGGGAGAAAUGCCGAAAUCUAGAUUUAAUAUGGACAGCUACCGUGGACAGGCAGGCCAGCCAGCUACUACAAGGGCUGCCGGCGGCUAUUUUUUGAGCGAAGAUAUCAGAAAUUUUGAUAAUUCAUUCUUCGGCAUUAACAAUAGGGAAGCGAGCGGGAUGGAUCCGCAACAAAGGAAAUUACUAGAGGUAGUAUUUGAAUGUCUCGAGAGUGCAGGCACAACUCUCGACGAUGUAUCUGGGGCUAAUGUUGGCUGCUAUGUCGCCUCAUUUGUGCCUGAUUUUAUUGCAAACCAAGCCAAAGAUAUCGAGUCCUUGACUCGAUAUACUCAGACAGGUCUGGGCACAACACUGCUUGCAAAUCGGAUCAGUCACAUCUUCAAUCUGAAAGGUCCGAGCUCUGUUAUUGAUACAGCCUGCUCGUCGUCUUUGUACGCCUUGCAUGCCGCCUCUUCUGCUCUCUUGGCCGGGGAAAUAGAUGCCGCCGUUGUUGCCGGCGUGAACAUUAUACAAUCACCCGAAAUGCACGUUUGCAUUUCUCAAGCUGGGGUGCUCUCGCCGACCUCGACAUGCCAUACCUUUGAUGAGUCGGCUGAUGGUUAUGGCCGGGCCGACGGCGUCAACGCUAUCUUCAUCAAACGUUUGGACGAUGCAGUCCGUGAUGGCGAUCCAAUCCAGUCCGUCAUUCGAUCUGUGGCCGUCAACUCCAAUGGCCGCACUCCGGGCAUUACGCAGCCUAGCAUCGACGGCCAGGAAGCAGUCAUCAACAAAUCCUACAGUCGAGCCGGCCUGAGCCCUUCGGAGACCUACUAUGUUGAGGCACAUGGUACAGGGACAGGCAUCGGCGACCCCAUGGAAGUAGAGGCAAUAUCUCGCGUCUUUCAAAAGGAUGACGGGAGAAGUCACCCAGUCCGUGUCGGGAGCGUCAAGACAAACCUGGGCCAUAGCGAGGCAGCGAGCGGCUUGACAAGCAUUAUCAAAGCUACACUGGCUCUGCAGAAAGGCGAGGUUCCUGCUACGGUUGGGGUUAAGAAGCUCAACCCGAAGUUGAACUGUGACAAGCUGGGCGUGGAAAUUGUGACGAGCAAAAUUCCCUUCCCCAGCGACAAAGAUGGCCCAUCUCGCAUCAGCGUGAACUCUUUUGGAUACGGUGGCGCCAAUGCGCAUUGCAUCAUUGAGGCAGUCGGUGAAUCGAAACCAGCAAAUGGGUUACUCACAAAUGGGCAUGGAGACAGUUCAACGGAGAGCCUCUUUCUGCUUCCCCUCUCUGCAAACAAUUCCUCAUCGUUAAAUGAACGCGUGGAGGCACUAUCAAAGUUCAAUCUAUCGUCUCUUUCUAUUGCAGAUUUGGCUUACACGCUCGGAGAACGUCGUUCACAUCUGGCCCAUCGUGGCUAUAUUGUUGCCAAACAAUCUUCAAUCACAGACGAUGUCACCAUCGACAAUCUUCGGACCUCUGCCUUGGGUCAGGAUAUCGGGCCCAAUGCAAGGCUUGGUUUCGUAUUCACUGGCCAAGGUGCGCAGUGGAAGGGAAUGGCUCAUAGCCUCUUACAGUUUCCAAUCUUUGCCAGUACGAUUCGCCAAUUGGAUACUUAUCUAUCUUCAACGGCGCAUGCCCCGGAAUGGUCCCUAUACGAUAUCCUUGCAAAUCAAUCUGAUGUCAGCCGAGCAGAACUUGCUCAACCCAUAACUACGGCCGUGCAAAUCGGAAUCGUAGAUUUGCUACGGGAGUGGGAAAUAUUCCCUGAGGCAGCCGUUGGCCACUCUUCAGGUGAAAUUGGAGCCGCUUAUGCCAGCGGUUCCAUUUCUGCCAGGGAAGCCAUCCUGAUUGCCUACUACAGGGGGUUCUCGGUAACCAAGUUGACAACAGUCGGUGCCAUGGCUGCUGCAGGCCUUGGCCCAGCUCAGGCCAAUGAGCGGCUUGAGAAGCUUCAUGUGAGCAACACGGUGCGGGUGGCAUGCAUCAAUUCUCCUGAAAGUGUCACUCUAAGUGGAGAUGUGUCCGGCAUUGAUUCAAUCUCUGAGGAAUUGCACAAGGAGGGCAUCUUCAUUCGAAAACUGAAGACAGACGAUAGGGCGUAUCACUCCCACCACAUGGAGGAGAUCAGCAACAUUUACGAGACCCUCUUGUCACAGGAAGUGUUUUCAAAGAAUAUCGUCAACGGGGAAGGGAAAUCGGAGACACGAACAUCCAAGAUGGUUUCCACUGUGACCUGUGAAGAGGUCGUUGGAGAUACACUUCGUUCCGCAUCGUACUGGACAAAGAAUUUGACAUCUCCUGUCCGUUUCAGCGAUGGCUUGGAAAAGCUCAGCCAUUUGGUCAAGGAUCUCAAGUUCGUUGAGAUUGGCCCCCACGCAGCUCUCAAAUCUCCAGUGCUUCAAACCCUUGGAAACUCAACCAUAUAUUUAUCGGCACAACUGCGAGGCAGUGAUUCGGCCGUUACCCUGCUGAGCUUUGUUGGCAAUCUAUACACUCGAGGUUUUCAGGUCAACUUAUCCAAAGUCAGGGUGUCAUCCACCAUGGCCCACAAACGGCAUAUUGCACCGCAUGUCAUCUUGAACUUGCCCACUUACCCGUGGCAUUACGAACAGGAGCCCCUGUGGGCAGAGUCUCGCUUGAGCCAUGAAGCCCGCUUCCGUAAAGUUCAACGACAUGAGCUCCUGGGUUCCCCGGUGCCAGGUGGUAACGGGUCAACGAUGGCCUGGAGAAAUGUCUUCCGUCUAGAAGAUGUGCCCUGGGUGAGAGACCACAAACUUGACGAAAAGGUGGUCUUUCCAGGAGCUGGUUACCUUGCCAUGGCUAUGGAGGCUUUAUCGCAAGCUCUCCCUCCGGGCUCUUCGCUUAAUGAAAAGUCGAUUCUUUUCAAUCAUGUUGACAUCAUAAGAGCUCUGCCAUUGGAAGAAGGCGAAUCCACCGAAUUGCACACCGAAUUGAGUCCUAUUUCACUGUCCAACACAGCUAAUUAUAAAGACUGGUGGACUUUUCAGAUUCAUUCAGUUUCCAGUGAUACUGUCUCUCUCCAUUGCAAAGGUUCUCUAAGAUUUGAGCCCGCUGAAUUUGCAACACAGCUUGAGUUACCAGCCAAGACUUGUCGCAUCGCGGCCCAGUCACGUCGUCUUUGGUAUGAGGCAUUGGAAAAGGGUGGGAUCGGGUUUGGUCCCGACUUCCAGCAACUGGAUGAGGUCUAUACUUCAGACCCUAAGGGCGUUUUUUACGCAGAGGCAACUACGAAGUCAAUGAUCCCGCUUACCAAUGAGGGAACAACUUACCAGUCCGACUGUUAUGUCGUCCACCCAACAAUCAUAGACGCGGCAUUGCAGGUCUGCUUAAUCUCUUCCACUGGAGGAUUGAUUAAUGGGGUAAAGGCAAGGGUCCCUGUGAGGAUUUCAAAAGCCAGAUUCGCGUUGCCAAAGGACACGACCAGUCCUGGUGUGCUUCGCUCGUCCUCGAAGGCGAUAGGCGUAUCUGCUCAUCGAGCGACGACAGUACUUCUUGAUUCUGAGGACCGCGUCGUGGUUCAUAUCCAAGACAUUGACACUACGGAGUUUUUUGGUACUAUUGAAUCGGAGGACCGCCAUCCAAUUUACAGGGUUCUGUGGCGACCAGACUUUAGUGCCAUUAGAACGAACGACGACCUCACGCACGCACUUCAAUACACUCUUUCAUGCACAAAAGGUCACGAUUCUACAUCUUUGGAAGAUGAGAUGUUGACAGCAAUUAGUCUUGCUGCACAUAAAAAUCCCGAUUCUCGCAUUUUGUUCAUGUCACAGGAUGAAACUGUGCUUUCUCGCGUUCUGGCAAGCAUUCUUGAUGCAACUUCAUAUUUCCGAAAAUUCCAAUCUAUUUCUGUCGGUAGACAGAAUAGCGACAAUGGUGACUUUGAAAUUGCCAGUAUCACCCAAUUUGCCUCACCUCUUGAUCUGGCAUCAUUUACCUAUCGCAAGCCAGCAUCUGGGGACAGGUAUGAGAUUGUCGUUCUCGGAGAAGAUCUACGUACGCUUAGCUCUCUUCGUCAGAAUAUCACUCCAGAGAGCAUUAUUUUACGGACAGCGGGAGAAGGUGAAGUUGAAUCGCUACUUCCAGAAGGCUUUACGGCUCUCUGCUCUACCGGGUCUCAGCCGGGGAGUGUUCAAUUACUGAGACAGGUUCCUGAUGAAGUGAGAAAGCUCCCUCAUUACACCAAGGUCGUUUGGGUCCGCGAUUCAUCUCCAGAUGGUGUGGAUUCUCGCCUUGAGCAGGACUUGGCCCGGUGGUUGAACGCACCUGUGCAUAAAAUGACCCUUGGGGAGAUGACUGAAACCCCAAUUCCCCAAGAUACACUAGUCAUUUCUACUGUCGAACUCGGGCACGAAAUACUAGCCCAUCCAACCCAAGAGCAGUUCGAUGCAAUCAACAAGAUGAUUGAUCAUGCUAAGCAACUCGUGUGGGUCACUAGAGGGAAGCAGAGUGGGACAUACAACCCAACACACUCUCUAUUCGCAGGACUUGCGCGGGCUGUCAUGGUUGAGCAGCCCUUAGCACGUAUUUUCACUCUCGAGAUGCACCCUGAUGCAGAUCUGGCCGACCUGGCUGGUGAUAUCAAGGUUAUACUUGACCAAUCUCAAAACCCCAGCUCGGAUUAUGAGUACUUGAAAAAUGAGAAAGGAGGAUUAAUGGUCAGCCGGACUGUUCCAGAUGAGCUUAUGAAUCAAGCCUUCCGGGAGCGGCAAAACCGCUUAGCCCAAAGUAUUCCGUUGAAAGAAGCGGGAAAUGCCACGCUCUCUUUGGAAAAGGCCGGCCAGUUGAGCACGGCACACUUUGUCAAGACUCCAUUGAAGCCCCAACUGAACGACGACGAUGUGGUCAUUAGGAUUCUCUGCCUUGGCCUCAACGCCAAGAACGUAUAUGCUCUCGCGGGUCGUCUAAACGUGCCUCCAAAAGGGUUCAGUCUCGAGUACACAGGCGAAAUCGUCGCUGUGGGUUCUGCUGUCUCUGACUUGGCUGUCGGAGAUCAAGUCACUGCCUUUUACCCCAAUUAUUUUGGCACAUAUGUCAUUGCGCCAUCUUGGAGUUGCAUCAAACUUAGACAGGGAGAAGAUUUACGUGAGAUGGCUACUGUUCUAGUUGUCGUGGUGACGGCCAUUUAUGCCCUCGAGCACCGCGCCCACUUCCAGCCUGGGGAGUCUAUCCUUGUUCACUCGGCUGCUGGUGCGGCGGGUAUUGCCGCCAUUCAAAUUGCCAAGCUUAUGGGCGCCGGAGAGAUAUUUGCAACCGUGGGCACAGAGGAGAAGAAGCAAUAUCUUACUGAGCACUUCGGGUUGCGUGCUGAGAACAUUUUCAAUUCGAGAGAAGCCGGCUUCGCGGUUGGUAUCAAGCAGGCCACCAACGGCCGCGGCGUCGAUGUUAUUAUAAACUCAUUGGUUGGGGAACUUCUCCACGAGGGCUGGGAAUGUUUAGCUGACUUUGGUCGAUUUGUUGAGAUUGGUAAAAAGGACAUACUUGAUGCCGGUCGUUUGAACAUGGAGGGCUUUGCUCGCGGAACCACGUUCACGGCAUUUGACCUGCAGAAUCUGAUUGAAUCCAGCUCACCUGCACAUCGACGGCUGUUUCGCAGCAUGCUAGAACAAGCUGUCGAGCUCGUAAGACAGGGCCAGGUUCAGCCUAUCAAGCCACUCUCUGUCUUCAAUGUCUCCGACGUCGCUUCAGCGUUUCAUCACUUCAACAGCGCUAAACGAAUGGGCAAGAUCGUUAUAUCUUUUGAAGAUGAGAGCCAAAUAGUGCCAGUCGUCCCUGAAAAGUUCUCAACGCUUUUAGACCCAAGAAAGGCCUAUCUUCUGAUUGGAUGCCUUGGCGGUCUGGGUCGGAGUCUUUCCAAGUGGAUGCUCAGCCGUGGCGCACGCCAGCUCAUAUUUGUCGGACGAAGUGGUACUCAAAAGAAGGCGGCCAGGCAACUUAUCGAAGAUUUAGAGGCAGCAGGAGCUAUUUGCACUGUUAUCACAGGUGAUGUGACCAAUUAUGACGACGUUGUCAAGGCGCUCAAAGCAAGUGAAUCGCCUCUAGGAGGCGUCGUGCAGGCUGCCAUGGGACUGAGUGUCAGCUUCUUCAACACAAUGUCCAAGGAGUCGUGGAUCAGUGGCAUAGAAGCCAAGGUCCAGGGCACUUGGAACUUGCACAAUGCCCUCGCUAGUUUGGGCAAGGAGAAGGAUCUUGACUUCUUCAUCAUGACAAGUUCUGUUUCUGGGAAGGUGGGAACAGCAACAGAGAGCAACUAUUGUGCCGCCAACAACUUUCUUGACAUUUUUGCCUCCUACCGUCGAAGUCUAGGACUCAAAGGCAUCGCACUCGGGCUGGGUAUGAUCUCAGAGGUCGGGUAUCUGCACGAGAACCCACACAUUGAAGAGCUUCUCCUUCGAAAAGGAAUCAGACCAAUCAACGAGGACGAGGUUCUUCAGAUCUUUGAUUUUGGCAUGUCAUCGCCGCCUACUUCAGCGCAGCCAACCGAUUCACUAUCCUACUCACACAUCCUCACGGGCCUAGAAGUAACAGGGCUCCAACGAAAACAUAAGAGAGGAUACAACGGAUACUGGGAAUUCUUAGCGGGAUCACGAUUUUCUCUCCUCACCUCGUCGCUGAAGAGGAGCAGCGGGGACGAGGCAACGCAAGGCCCAAGUUCUCAGUCGUCCACCAUCGCCGAAGCCAUAGCUUCUAAAGACGAUGCGACACUCACGGAUGCCAUCUGCAAAGUGAUUACCAAGAAAUUAUCAUUCUUGAUUUUGCUCCCUGUAGAGAAACUUGAUAUCAAGACGGCGCUGUCGGACUUUGGGAUGGAUUCUAUGCUGGCCGCGGAAUUACGUCAAUAUAUUUUCGGGGCAACCAAUGUGGAUAUCUCCUUUUUAGAAUUGAUGGAUAAAAAGACCUCGGUGACGAGUUUGGCGAAAUCAGUCAUGGCAAAGUUACAGGAGAGUUAG